AAUUAAAGAUUACUUCUUCAAAUACUUGAACGAUAUCUAGGUGCCGACUGGAGCUGUCUUUUACUCAUUUCUCCCGUACUUCUAAGAAGUCUCAUCCGCAAGAGAAACAUUAUACAACGGGAUACCAAAUGAUGACAGACCAAAAGGUACCACCCACUACCAGUGCUUCGAUCAGUUCUUCAAGCAUCAUGCACGAGAAAUCAGACGCCGAACAAGCGGUUCUAGCACGCGAAGCUAUGAAGAAAGACGCUGAGUUGUCAGAGAAACCUUCGGAAACCAUGCCUUCGGUCCAUGAAGGCGAUAAUGAUCAUCCUAUAGAGUUGAAGAAGACAAAAAGUGCAGCAGAGAUACAGCAAGAGGAGUUGAACAGAGUUCACACAAGCGCAGAGGGUAUAGAAUAUCCAACUGGAGUUAAAUUACAGUUGAUUAGUUUGGCCUUAUGUUUAUCAGUCUUCUUGAUGGCUUUGGAUAACUCUAUCAUUGCAACGGCUAUUCCUAAGAUUACUGAUCAGUUUCACUCGUUGAACGAUGUUGGAUGGUACGGAUCGGCAUACUUACUCACCACUGCUUCCUUUCAACUCCUUUUUGGAAAAUUCUACUCAUACUUCUCGAUAAAAUGGGUUUACCUGGUUGCGAUUGGUAUCUUCGAGCUCGGCAGUUUGAUCUGUGGUGUUGCACCAAAUUCAAUUGCGUUGAUCAUUGGUAGAGCUAUUGCUGGCUUGGGUAGUGCUGGAAUCUUCUCUGGUGCUUUGAUCAUUGUCGCAUACUCAGUCCCAUUGGUUAAGAGACCCAUGUAUACUGGUUUAAUUGGAGCUAUGUAUGGUAUUGCCUCUGUUGCUGGACCUCUACUUGGAGGUGUAUUCACUGAUAAAGCAACUUGGCGUUGGUGCUUCCUAAUCAAUCUGCCAAUUGGAGCUGUUACUGUUCUUGUUAUUUUGGUCUUCUUCAAAGCUCCCGAUAGAGAAGCUGUUGCAGACCUCCCAUGGAAAGAACGCAUAAAGGAAUUCGAUCUUCUAGGUACCGCAUUCUUCAUCCCAGCUAUCAUCUGUCUAUUGCUCGCACUUCAAUGGGGUGGAACCAAAUAUCCUUGGGGAAAUGGACGUAUCAUCGCACUUUUCGUACUUUUCGGAGUGUUGAUCGGAAUAUUCAUCGCCAUCCAAUUCUGGAAGGGAGAUAGCGCCACCGUACCACCCAACAUUAUGAAGAAGCGAAGCAUGUGGUCUGCUGCAUGGUUCUCCUUCUGUCUCGGAUCAUACUUCCUGCUUUUGAUCUACUAUCUUCCUAUUUGGUUCCAAGCCGUCAAGGGGGAUUCGGCUGUCAAAUCUGGCAUUUCUAACAUACCAAUGGUCUUGACCUUGGUCAUUGUCAGUAUCAUCUCCGGUGCCCUUGUCACAAUAGUCGGUUAUUACGCACCACUUAUGAUCGUUUCCUCGGUCAUCGCAUCCAUCGGGAUUGGUCUCCUAACCACCUUCAAGCCAGACACUAAUCACGCUGCCUGGAUCGGUUACCAAUGUCUCGCUGGUAUCGGUAUUGGUUUCGGUAUGCAACAGCCUCUUAUAGCCUGCCAAACCGUCCUCGACAUUUCUCAAGUGCCAACCGGUACUUCAGUCAUCAUUUUUGUCCAAACACUCGGAGGAGCUCUAUUUGUUUCCAUUGGUCAAAAUGUGUUUACAAAUAAACUUGCCCAGAAUUUGGCACAUUAUGUACCGGAUCUCAACCCAGCAGUCGUUUUAAGCACAGGUGCUACUAGCAUUCAAAAAGAUAUCGCACCAGAAUAUUUGGCUGGUGUGACAAUUUCUUAUAACAAUGCGUUGACGCAAUCAUUCUUGGUGGCUGCGGUUAUGGCUGCACUUACUAUUAUUGGCAGUUUGGCCAUUGAAUGGAAUAGUGUUAAGGGAAAGAAAAUUGAAAUGGCUGCUGCUUAAUUCCUGAUUCGAGCUGGUUUUCAAUUUCAUCGUUAUAACUUCAAGCUUACGGUUUGCAUUUUAGAUCAUGUGGGAUGGAAAUUAUGAUCUUUUUUGGGAUGUGCUGCAUUUUUUGCGUUGUACUAUAUACCCCUUUGGCGUUUCGGAAGAAAGAUUUGGCCAAAUGGCUAUUGCUUUUGAAGUGAAGUGAGGGCAGCUCACUUGGCUCCUCAUACUGAUUUGACACAUGAGAUAGGGGUUAAGUGCUUGAAAGGCUGGAGGAUUUGAUAGAUAAUGGAUGAAUGCAUAGAUGGAUGAUGGAAUAUGGAAUAUGUAUAAAUGGAGAGAUAGAUGAAGGGGGGUAGCAACUAAACUCUACUACUCAUUUAAAUUAAUAGAAAGAGAUACUAAUCUUAAUCAUUCA